ACUAUCCCCUCGCCUCUAUGGUACAGGAGGAGAAGUGUCAUGGCCGCCCCCAGCAGGCUGAAGUCUAUACUUGCCCUGGUGACAGGUGGUGGCAGUGGGAUUGGACGAGCCGUCUCUCAGAGACUGUCUCUAGAAGGGGCUUCGGUUGUUGUCGUUGACUUAAAUAUCGACUCGGCUAAUGAAACACUACAGAGUCUGUCGCGGGAUGUGCCUGGACAGGAUCAUGCGGCUUUUGCAGCUGAUGUUUCCCGGUCAGAAAGCGUCAAUGCUCUAAUGGAUGAGAUACAGUCCCGGUUCUCUGUACCGCCUCGUGUUGCUGUCAGCAGUGCUGGUAUCACCAGGGAUGAUUUCCUGCUUCGCUUGUCAGAGGAAUCAUUUGACUCUGUGAUUAGCGUCAACCUCAAGGGUCCAUUCCUUAUCACCCAGGCUGUGGCCCGUGCUGUUGUAGCCACUGGAAGGAAUGGAGGCUCCAUCAUCAAUAUUGGGAGUAUUGUUGGAAAGGUGGGCAAUCUUGGCCAGGCAAACUACGCGGCAUCUAAAGCAGGAGUGGAAGGUCUAACCAAGACGGCGGCCAAAGAACUGGCAAAGUUCGGCAUACGGUGUAACACAGUACUACCAGGAGUUAUCGUCUCACCAAUGACUGACAAAGUCCCACAGAAAGUCCUGGACAAAUUUGCUGAUGCUGUACCCCUGGGAAGACUUGGUCAACCUGAAGAUGUUGCUGAUGUUUGUGCGUUCCUGGCGUCGGACGACAGCAAAUAUAUCACAGGAGCAAGCAUUGAAGUGACGGGCGGUCUAUAUUUAUGAUCACAUGGGCAUCUUGGGAACCAACUGUGAAUAGUGUACACCGCUGUAUUGCUACCUUGUCACCAAUACAGCCUCAAUCCAUGGCUCAUCAUAUUAUCAACAUUAUCGGCCCCGUACAUGGAUCGUCCUCUGUGGACUUGGAGACCAUACGUCGUUCAAACACAAACAACAGCGAUCGAAUGGCCGUAUCAUGCGUACAGUGUGCCUUGUUCAGUUUAAAUGAAACCCACACAUUUAGCCUACCAAAAUAUAAUAAAAACAGUUUACAGAUGAUAGUGAAAUGAUUCGCCAGCAAUUGUUGUUAUGUUGAGAAUGUAUUCAAUUAUUUUUAAAUAAAAGUGAAAAUCAA